AUGGCAUCAUCCACUUCAUCUGGUUCAUCAACUCCAAUUCAACUGGAGUUUAGUCACUUGGUGUUUGAAGAGGAAUGCGCACCAGCUACUACUGAUCAUCAAUCUUCAUUCUCAAACUCAACUUCAAAUCAACUGUUUUCUAACUUCAAUGAGUCUAACAUCAAUAAUCUUUCAAACUUUCAAACAAGAUCAAUAGAACCUCAACAACAACAACUUUUACAACAAUUACCUCAUCUUAUAUCCCCUAUCGAACAAUACCAUCAACACUCUCUUCAUCAUCAUCAACCGAUCGAAGGUCUCAUUCAAAGACCUCAGGAUCAUCAUCUCAGUCCAACUUUUGACUAUCUCUUUUCAAAUCGAUUUGAAUCAAUUCUCAACGAUCAAUUUCCAAAACAACUCUUCAGCAAUGAUCAUCAAAUUGAAAACAUCAGUAGUAACCUAAUACCCACAUCCGAUCUAUCAACAUCAGCGUCAACGUCAUCUCAUGAGUCAUUCUAUCCAUACCUAAAUACGCAUCAAAGUCACCAACACAACAAUACUAUCGAAUCUCAUGAUCAUGUCAACGUAUCAGAACCACCUCCAUCACAACAGCAAUACUCUCUUGCAAACUCAUUCGCACCUCUCACAUUCUCAAGUCCAAAAACACCGAUCACUUCUAUACCUUUCUCAAACUCCUCUGAUCAAGCUUUGGUACUCUCAAAAACUCCCGAUCAACACGAUCUUCACCAUCAAAACAUAAUCCAUUCCCAUCAAAAUCCGAAUCAAAACCACAACCUCAGUCAAUUUGAUCCUUUGCUACCUGCCACCUCUGAAUUAUCACAACCAAAUCCAAUACAAUUUGACAAUAAGAAUCAUUCACAUCAAUCUAAUGUACCAGCCGCAGAUUCAAAUUCCCACGAGCCUAAUCCCAACAAGAAGAACUCGAAAAAUGCUUCAUCUGCAUCUUCUUCGUCCUCUUAUAAUUCUUACACCAUUCCACCACCAUGUGAAAUCGAAUCUCUCAUUCCAUUUGUCCGACGUCUACCAUCUUGUCUUGCUCCUAACUCUUCCUCGCCUCCUUUCGAUCUCGAGGAUCAAAACAUUUCACUUCUGAUUCUUGGAUUACCAGAUCAGGGUGCCAAGACAAGAGUGGAAACUCAAAUCAAACUUACCUUGGUUCUAGUAGUCGGUCAACCACCUCCAAGAGCACCGGAUGGUAACUUAUCGCUUGAUGUUCAAAACACUCAAAACCAACAGCUCGCGAGGAUCUCGAAUUGGUCUCAUGUCAAAUUGCCUGCUUAUUCAGCUAUCAAACGCAAGAGUAAAAAAUUACUCAAGACUGGUAUUCCUGCCCAAGAAACGCUUUUCUUGGAAUUCAGCGUGACUCGUGCUACUGAGCCGCAUACCGAGAUAUUAUGUUGCCCGAAUUGUCAAAUUCGUGAGCAAAAACGCACGCAACGUAAGCGUGAUGCGCGUGUGCGACCUGCCCAAGAGAUUGAAAGUGACGAAGCCGAGGCGGAGGGUCCAGAUGAUGAAGCCAAGAAGAUUGUCGUAUUCAAUUGUGGUCAAUACCUGGAUUUCAACACUGGUCAACUUACCUUACCGACUCGAAUUACCUGUUAUUGUCGUCACCAUCGUGAAAAGAAAGGCUUUUGUGUCAAAAUCACAUUGCGCGAUCAUCUUGAUCGAAUCGUGGCUGAAUCUAUCACACCACCUAUCAUGAUCACCGAUGAUCAUAAGGCAGUUGCAGCUGCUGCUAAAGCUAAAUCUGGCUCCGAUCUUGAAACGUCCCAACCUCGUCAACGUCAGAUUCGUAAACUGCCUAGCCUUUCUGCCACGAAGUCGACUGGUAAACGUCUCAAGAAGAAGACGUCUGAUCCUUUCGCAUCUCUUCCUCAUACUCUCGAUCUCGAUCAAGCGGAAUCACCUUGGUCAAAUUUACCUGAUUUUCGUCUUGCGCCUGAUGGCUCCCUGCUUGACCUACCUGCCAAGGGAACGAACUCAAAACGAAAAGCAACCCAUGACAUAGUCAAUCAACGUACCCCUAGUGGUCGGCUGAUGACCUCGAAUCCUAUUGCCACGCGUGCUCCCAUCGUCUCUCAUCAUAAUAACUCUACCCAAUUUGAGAAUAUGCCGUUGCCUAUCAAUCCGAUGUUGACUGACCCAAGUGUCACCCGCCCUUUAUAUACUAACGCUAACCUUGGUCUACAUCCGGUUUCGAAUGGCGAUGACCGAAUCGUUGAUGACUCAUCUGAGUCAUGCUCGUUCCUCAUCUCGCCUUCCCAAACUUCAAGCUAUCAAUGCCAGCCGCAUCUUCAGGCGCCAAGUCGUGUUUCCAAUCUAUCUCGCCGACGCUCGUUGCUCAAACUACCGCAAGUACAUCGUGAUACCAAACUCCAGGAGCCGAGUUCGCUUACAGAACAUAUCGAUCGUAGUCUGUCUCAACCAACUCGUUCACUCAAUGAAACUCAGCAUCAAUCUGCACUUACCGCGGCUCUCAAGUCGCUCAUGCCACCGGGAUUUGAGGACAAGCGCCUUUCGGGUCCGACGGACUUUGCUCUGUUUUCCUCCUGCAAUAACAGUAAUACCGACCUCACAGCCUCUUCGAGUUCUUCACCUGAUCGGAUGUUUGCAAGAUCAUUCGAAUCUCGAACUAACACUCCGCCUCCUUCCAGAUCGUCAGGGACAAGUCCAGGUCCAUCAUCUGGACCAACUCCUCUGUGUCGCUCCGGUAGGAAUAGUCCGAUCAACAUGACAAUCCCAUCCCAUUCGAUGUCAUUUGAUUCAGCAUCUCUCAAGGCGCCUGUGCUCAACACAAUAGAUCAGUCUCGUGAAACAAGUUACCCAAGCAACAACACCCAGCCCGGCCAACUUCCUGCCCCCAGCCCCUCUAUUCAUUCGCCAAUAGGGAUGCUAGGUAACGUGUUGAGCCAUUGGAAUGGACUUUCCACUUUUUUUCCCACUAGCGCGUCUACUCAACCACAUCAAUCCCAGCUGAGCCAGGCAACUCAACGCUCAUCUUCCAACGAGAUCAAUCAGACUCGGAAUAACAUCAAUCCAAUCCUCAGUCAACCUGAUAUCACAUCUCUGGACUCUAAUAUCUCUUCGGAUUUACCAAGGCCAAAGAUUCAAAAGCUUGUACCCAAUGAAGGACCAUUACAUGGUGGGAUCGAAAUCACUAUUCUUGGAUCUGGGUUCGAGCGUGAUCAAGCAGUUGAAUUUGGCUCAACCAUCAUCCAAACUCAAUAUUGGUCUUCUGAUACCUUGAUCUGUAUUCUACCACCUGGUACUCAAGCUGGACCCGUUUCAGUCAAGGCUUUGGGGGAAGAGAGGCACAGAGAAUCCGGUGGAGAAAGAGGAGAUCAGGUUUUAUUUCGGUAUGUUGAGGAUACCAAUAUGGAGUUAAUGGAAUUAGCAUUAGAGAUUAUUGGGAUGAAGAUGUCUCAAGAGAUGAAGGAGAAUGCAAAGAAAGAAGAAGACGUGUUACUCAAGUUACUCAAGGAUGGACGGGAUCAAACCAAAGAGAGGAUCAAGAUGGAUGAAAGGAAUCGAUCGGGACAAAACUUAUUACAUUUAGCAGUUUGGUUGAAGAUGAAAGGAUUAGUUGAAUUCUUGGUUUCUGAUCCUGAGUAUCGAAAGAAGUUGGUGGAAGCUAGAGAUCUCAAUGGGUGUACUCCAUUACAUUUUGCUGCUUGGAGAUCGGUUGGAAAAGAGAUUGUCAAAGUUUUGUUGGAAGCUGGGUCUAGAACUUAUGUGAGAGCAGGUGGGAUGGAGGAUAUGACUGGAUUGGAGAUCUUGAAGAAAAAAGGCACCGUGGUUGAAGGUUUGAAGAAAGAAAAGAAUGAAAGGAAAGAAGAAGAGAGUAGUGAUGAAGAAGAAGAAGAAGAAGAAGGAACAGUAGAGGAAAAAGUAAAAGAAAGAAGUGAGAUUGUUAAACAACAGAGUAUUGGGGAUUGGAAGAUGAUUGGACCGAUCAAUGAGGCAGAACUUGAAUUAGAUUUAAUGCAGCAUCAUCAUCAACUUGUGGAUCCGGAUCGGAUCUCUAAUCUCUCUGGUUCAAAGAAGUUGCGUUGGUUUAAGAGUUUAAGUGGAUUGAUGUUUAUUCAAGCUAGACAGAAUGAUGAAGAUGUAUUCUCGCAUGUGGUUGUGAAAACCAGUAGGUUAGGAUGGAUGGAUGAUUGGGUGGGAAAAAAGUGGGGAAAGGGAAAUGGGUUUUUUAGGUUGAAGAAGAAGUUGAAGGGGUGGAAGGUUUUGAAGGUUUUGAACAAAUUGAUGCUUGGUUCUUGA